UAAGCGCAUAUGAAUAGUAAGAUCUUACUCCGUUCGUACAUAAAAGAGAUGCAUCAGUAACCUCAAACUGCCAUACCUCGCAUACCAGAUCUAUUAAUAAGCCAACAAAAUCGUCAAGAUUGACCAGUCCGGAUAACAGCUCCGCAUAAGGAAAUGCCCGUGCCAGGGAUCCCCGCAUCAGUGCCGAAUACCACUCAAAGCCUGUACAAGUAAGCUGACAAAAAGAAAACGAACGGCCGCCCGGACCUGUGCCUUCUUAUGCCGAAAUCAGAACCAGAAGCGCGCAGGCGCCAAUUAUGAUUUCGAGAUAUGACUUUGACUGCAGAUGUUACGUACAUGUCCUCUUUCGAAGCGACACGACUGCGAUAUGCGACACAGAAGCAAGUAAGGCCGUGAGAGAGAAUGGCAGACGAUGGGGCAGAUAAAGAUGAGGGGAGGAAGGGUAGGAAGAAAUUCAACUUGGAGUUUGUUAAUAUGAAUGCUGCUUCGGCGGCUGAGAGGGAGCGGAACCAGAAAGUCGUUCGUUCUACGGCUAUGAAGAGUUUUCGUCGAAGGCAGAAGUCGCAGCGGGAAGAGGGAGAGAGUAGUGGGAAGGGGAAGAAAAAGCUGGACACGACCAAUGCGAUAGUCUCGGAGCCGUCUGCCAUAGUCAAGAGCGAACUGCCAGUCUCGCGAGAUCCUCCAGCCUCUUCGGUACCAACAGUUCGACCGUCGCAGGUCACAUACUCCGAUAUAUCUUGGUUUGUUGGGUCGCCUUCGAGUUCGAGUAGUGAUAGUAGUAGCGGGGAAGAGGGGUCAAGUGAGGUGAAGCCGAUACAGAUGGUCCAGACCGCACCCUUGACCCAGGGAAACUUGCAAGUUUCUUCUGCGUACACUAGCCCAAGGUCGUGGCUUGGAGCAGGCCGUGUGGAUCCGUUCCGAGUGUACCCUGUGGACGUCAACAAUACUUCACAUGCACCAGAGCUGCUGGACCACUCACUUACAGUUCUCUGGCACGGACUUCGACCCCAAGGAGAUAGUGGAACAAUAACUAGUCUCGGUGCAGCAUGGCUCGAGAAAACGAACGAGAGACCGAUAGUGAUGCAUGCUAUGCUGUUCGGUGCGCAAGUUCACUUAGAUGUUCUUCGCAGUCCUCGACUAAGUCUCGACAAUCCGGUUCGACUAUACCACAAAGUGCAAACGGUGCGAUUGCUGAAAGAUGAGUUGAAGCACCCUGAGAAUAUUCCUAUAGAUGAUAUCAUACUGGCGAUUUUGACUUUGUCUGCGAAUGAGGUGGAGACUGUGGCGAAUAACGCGGUAGAGGAUAAAGUGCGAUCGCCUUUCAAUUCUCCGUUGGCGAAUACCCAGUGGCUUGAUGUUUAUGGAAGCAUAACACAUCUUGCUGCACAUACAACUGCUAUGCGAACCUUGGUGGCUCGCCGAGGAGGACUGGAGAAGAUCGAACUCGAAGGUUUGGCUGAGGUUCUGUCUUUUUCGGAUAUCCUUGGAGCAACACAAAGUCUGAAGAAACCCCACUGGCCUUUACUGAACAGAACCUUGACUGUGGAUGACAUAUACAUACCGGAGAUCCUUAAAGUGCCAUUAAAAAGACUAGGAGAAGGCUUCCAGGAGUUAGUGCCGAGUGCGAUAACAGACCAAUUUUUGAGCGCGAUUGGGGCUAUUGUUAACUUGACUGUGAUGAUCGACUGCCACUGUCAAGGAACGAAACCCAUAGUCGACCUCGCACAAUAUAUAGAUAGACGAAAUGCUGUGCAGCAUCAACUGCUGUCUUUGCCGUUCGGAGAAGAAUUGGUGUCGGGAGAGAUAAGAAGUACCAGCAUAUACGAAUCCAUUCGUCUUGCAACCUUGAUAUAUAGCGCUGCUGUCACCUUUCCGCUGCCUGCCCUGACUGGAAUUUUCCACCAACUUGCGAGCACGUUGCGGACUGUAUUGGAGAAAUCGAGGGCUGAUCCCCACUGGCGAUAUUCGUCGAAGGCACUGGUUUGGAUACUCGCUCUUGGUGGAAUUACAGCAGCUGGGAGCAAUGAUCGAUCUUGGUAUGCACAAAAUCUUUCGACUGUAUCAUCUGCGAUGAAAAUAUCGACUUGGAACGAGCUUUCGAUGGAGCUGGAGCGCUUUUUGUGGUUGAGAAGUGCAUGUGACAGUGCAGGCCAAGCUCUAUGGAUGGAAGUGAAAAGUUUGCGAGGUCGUGCCCCUUGACGCAAUAUCCUUGGGGCGGAAUGAGUUAUAUGAUUAUGAUUAAAUGUAGAUGAGUAUGAUGAAGGUUAGGAAAUUACGGAUAUACGGCUGUUGCAGGGACUUCGGGGAGUUUAAAAGCAUAGCAGACUUUUGGACAGCUGAAUCCCUCACCGCGGAACCUUGUCAGCACUACACUCUAGCCCGCUCGUGAUUUGACCAGUAAUUUGACAACGCGAAGGAGCAGCAAAAAUGAAAAGAUUUGAAACUCGU